AUGAUAUCACCUCAGCCGCCUCGAGACGACUCCAAGACCACCGGUCUGGCAGGCAUUCCUAUCCCAACGGAGCUUGUCCUGCAGAUCGUGAAAGCCAUUGGCCCACGACCGAAGCCAAAGCCAGCAAAACAUCUAAGACUUCACGGUGCUCUCGAAGCCGAGGCCGACUCCGACUCCGAUGACCUGAAGAUAGUGGAUGAUUAUUUUUACGAAGACCCCAAUAAGCCAACGCCAUCGAACGUUCUUGAAGGCAUUACCGACCUCAAAAAUUUGGCCAUCACAUGUAGGUCACUGUAUCAAACGUUGAGGUGUGUGCUUUACCAGCGAAGUGGACAAGAGGAUGACUGGUAUGCUCUUCGAUGGGCCAGCUUCAACGGCAACCUCCUUGCGUUGGAAGCGGCCGUCGAGGCCGGCGCAUCAGUCAACUACGCCUUUGAGAAGACCGGAACCCCAAUAGACAUGAUGAACUAUGGACGCGUAGAAAGCACUUUUGGAAGCAACUUCCCCAUACUGCAAAGGUCAGAGACGUACAACUUCGGCACACCCUUGCUCGCGGCGGCGUAUGGCGACGUCACCCGGCGACAUCAAGCAAUCAAGUGGUUGCUCUCUCACGGCGCCGACCCAAACACCACAGACGCCAACGGGAUCACGCCGCUGCAUGUCGUAUGUAGAUGGGGCGUACGAGCGAGCGUGACCGUCGAGCUCCUUCUCAAGAAAGGCGCAGACGCCAAUGCCCUCGGCCCUCGGGGAUGGACGCCUCUCCACAUGGCGUGCUACGCGCGGAGAUGGCAUCCUGAUCCGGAGGACCCUCGACGACUGUCUCAGCAGAAGCAGGACCUGGCCAUGAUACCUACUGCAAAGGAGCUGAUCAAAGCAGGGGCUGACUUGCGGGCCAGAACGACCUUGGGCGGAGCGAAGGAGUCUGGCGAGCCCUACAUCGGUGGCUUGACGCCGUAUGAGUUGGCUCUUUACUGUCAGAACGUUACAAUGGUUGAGUUCUUCCGUGAGCAGGAAGCGAUUUCUUCGACGAGUUUGGCCACUACCUCAAGGGCCGUCUUAUCUGCAAGCGGCUCAUCAACCCUCCACAUCCACGACACAGCCGACCCCACGAUCCCCAUCACGCAAUCCAUCAGCGGUGCACACAAGCUGGGCUGCCACCACAUCUGCACCUCCCGCAAUGGUCUGGUCGCCGCGAGUGCAGGCUUCGCCGGCGAGGUGAAGAUCUGGGCCAUCAACAAGGACACGAGCGAGUGGAAGCUCCACUCAGAGAUCACGAACAAGGCGGCCAAGGCCGGCGAGGUAUGGGCCAUUGCGCUUAGCGAGGAUGGAAAAUUCCUGGCGGGUACGACCUACGACGGCCGGGUGAAUGUGUGGGACGUUGGAGAAGAGGGCACGCCCAAGAUUAGAGAGUACGAGACGGGAAGCCCUGGCCAGGGAAGCUUUGGUAUGUCAGUCGACUUGAGCCGUGAUGGGCGAUACACUGCCAGUGGCCACCAGAACGGAGCUGUCUACGUCUUCAACAAUGACAACGGAAAGUUGUUGUUCUCACUACCAGGCCUGGUCAAAUCUGUCCGCUCUGUCUCAUUCUCCCCUGGAAACACCAGACUCGCUGCUGCUGGCGACUCAUCCGUUAUUGCUCUCUACGACAUCAAGAAUGGCGAGCAAGUCAGCAACAUGACUGGCCACUCCUCAUGGAUCACAUCUGUUGACUGGAACGACACGGGUGAAUACUUGCUUAGCGGAGCGAUGGACGGAAAGGUCAAGGUCUGGUCAGUGGAGCGUAGCGCCUGUGUCGCGACGCAUAGCGAGACAGACAAGGCUUUGUGGGCUGUCAAGUGGCUCCCGAAGACUGGAAAGAACGAGUCUUUCUGUACGGCGGGCGCCAACAGGAGCAUUUCAUUCUAUAGGGAAGCUACUGGUGCAUAA